UUCUCAUUCAUUAUCAUAAUCAAAAACUUACCUUCCGACUUCACAAAACACACUAUAAUCCCAAAUUCCAACAUCACAGUCCGACACGUGCGAAACAAUGGAGUAGUGUCAUCGCAGCCUCCAGGCUGUGACGACAUAUUUGCCCUUUGCACGAUUGCGGAAGCGCUUUACAGCUCUGACUACAAAACCGCCAUCGCGACAAAGCAAAUGACCAACCGCACUCAUAAGGAUGGCGGGAAAACAAAAUACGCAGAAAGGUCCUGCUCUAGUUCGCAAACAAACCAACAAUGGAAAUGCAAACCUUCCGGUCCGCGGACCUGUCCCUACCCUGGCUAUUCCCAAGGUCGCAGCUACAGGAACAACGACGCAUUAUGAGCAGAUCCAGGAGGAAGAGUUGAUCGCAUUGCGAGCUAUCUACACCGACGAUUUUGUGGAGCUCAAGGAUCCCCAUAGCGCUUGGAAGAAGUCUGAGCCCCGAUUCGACAUUCGAAUCAAGGCUUUCUCGGAUGAGGAUGUUGGCGUGACCUUGAGUGUCGUCAUGACGGCAACUUAUCCCAAGUCAACGCCUCUCUUGUCUUUCAAGGACAAUGAAAACCUGAGUGAAUCGACUCUUUUCAGGCUGCAAAAAUAUCUCGAGCGAGAACCCAAAAUCUUUGCCCGCAAGGAAGAGGUUAUGAUCAACAGCCUUGUCGAGGACAUCCGUGAGAUUCUUGAGGACGCAGCGCAGGCAAAAGCCCAAGGCAGAGAACUACCUUCUCUAGAGGAGGAACGUGCUGCCCACGAAGCUCAUUUAGCCCACCAGGCCAUGGAGGAGCGGAAGAAGGAGGAGCAGAAGCGACUGGAAGAGACGCAGGAGGAGGAACGCAUUAUGAGUGGCCAGUAUGAAGAGGAGAUCAACCGUCAGAGAGCCAAAAAGCUCGAGAUUCGACGCAAAAAUCGAAGUGGCCACCUAUCGCCUGACCGUUCUGUCGACCAUGACAAUGAAAAGAUUGUCUUUGAUCAGCCAUGCAAGCUGACGGACGAAUCGGGCAACGAGUUGCGGUUCAAUACCGUCAAGGGAAUGGCUCUGGUCAGCACUGGCCCUGUUUGCCAAGUGUUCACUGUGCGUCCUGUUCUAUCUGCUGGACAUCACCGGCCGAGCCUUGUUCUCAAACAGGAGAAGCUCAAGUCUGGAGGCAAAGAGGCGGGGCUUUUCAAGAAACAACUGCAGUCCUUGGAAUCCCAACUCGAGUCUGCCAAGAAAUAUCGACACAAAAACAUCCUCGAGGUCAUGGAAUUUCGCAUAGACAGUGAUGUUUGUAGCGAUGUGGGCUCACCAGAUAGGACUGUUAGUAUCCUGACAGCCUACGCCAAACAAGGCUCUCUCUAUGAUCACAUGGAUGUGAACGGGCAAGAUGGCCAGAUUGGCAUCAAUAGAGUUCGCAGCUGGACCAGAGAUCUCCUGGAUGCUCUGAACUUUCUUCACACCAACGGCAUUGUUCACAAGAGCAUCCACCCGCACAAUGUUCUCCUCUUCAGGGAUGAAACGGGUGCCAUAAUCCCCAAACUCGCAGACGCAGGUUUUCAAAAGGAGCUACACGACAUUUGCUCGAGCUCACGCGCCGUGACUGCUUUGCGUGACGCCAAGUCUGCGUAUUGGCUCCCCCCUGAGAUUGCCGGUACUGCUAAACCACAUUACACUCAGAAAACCGACAUUUGGGAUUUCGGUGUGAUGUUCCUUCAAAUGGUAUUUGACCUGGAGGCUCCUCAACGCUACCAAUCACCCAAUGACCUGAAGGCCUCUCUCGCCCUAUCGUCUGAAAUGCUGGAGCUUGUUUCCAGUUUCUUCCAUUCGGAACCUUCGCGGCGCAGACGAGCCUUCGACUUAGGUUCGCAUCAUUUUCUUGCUGCCACAAGCGCGCAGGUCCUGAUGGAUGAUGCCGAUUCAUCCGUUUUCACAGCCGAUUCCGUCUCUUCCAUGCCGCAGCAUCCUGUUCCCCGACUUCGUCAUGGCUCCAUGAGCCGCGCAACAGCUCCUCAGUCUCGGUGGGCUACGGAAUGGAUCGAGGAGGGUAGGCUGGGCAAGGGUGGAUUUGGCGAGGUUGUCAAGGCCCGCAACAUGGUUGAGAAUGUCGUCUAUGCCGUCAAGAAGAUCAGGCAGCGGGAAAACGAAAGCCUCACGCCAAUCAUCAGCGAGGUAUCCGUCUUUUGUCGAAUGGGUCACCCAUCGGUGGUCAAAUAUGUCAUGGCUUGGAUUGAAGACAUAUUCGAUGGAUAUGAACCCAGCGCUGGUUCCGUGACAGCAUCUGGAGUUACUGACUCUGAAAGCAUGAGUGGGCCAAACAUUGAGUUCACCACGAGCGGCGCUCUUGACUUUGUGUCUUCGAGCAGACCCCCUCAUAUUGAGUUCGGGUUCGACUCGGAUAACGACGAUGCGCAUACUGAACAUGGUAACGAGGACGGCUCCGACGACAGCGAUGAGUCUGAUGAGUCGGAAGCCGAGGAUUCGGAUGAGGAGAGCAGCGAGUUCGAGGCCAGUGGCAAGAUGGGCCGCAGAUCAAGUCGCAGGCCCAGCAUGAGACCUUUUAGUCGCAAGAUUAUGUAUCUUGUGAUGGAGUAUUGCGAAAAGAGCACACUUCGGGACUUGAUCAUGAAUAAUCUUUGUGACGACAGCGAGGAGAUUUGGAGGCUUUUUCGACAAAUUCUCGAAGGUUUACAGCACAUACAUGGCUUCAAUAUCAUCCACCGCGAUCUCAAACCCGAAAAUAUUUUCAUCAAGGUGGCCCCGGACGGGACCAAUGCUGUCAAAAUUGGCGACUUUGGGCUGGCGACCGCCGAGAUGCGAGCGAUCGCCGAUAAGAACGGUAACGGGUCUCCCAGUGGUAUUGAUUCGGGAGACAUGACCAGAAGUGUCGGCACGUCCACCUAUCUAGCUCCAGAAGUUCGCUCUGGGUCCAACGGUGUAUACACAACCAAGUGCGACAUGUAUGCGCUCGGCAUUAUCUUUUUCGAGAUGUGCUACCCACCCAUGCUGGGAAUGCAAAGAGCAAUGGUAUUUGACAAGCUUCGGCAGCCACCACCUACACUCCCAGACGACUUUCGUCCGGGCGAGAAGAAUCAGAAGCAGAUAGUCUCCUCACUGGUUGAUCACACUCCAUCCCAGCGACCCUCCGCCACGGAACUGCUCAAGAGCGGUCUACUGCCGGUAGGGAUGGAGAGCGAUGCGAUGCGCCAAGUCAUGGCUGGCUUGGAGGAUCCCAACAACCCGCAUUACACCGACUACAUAUCGGCUCUAUUCAAGCGCAGACUUGACAGGGCCAAAGACUAUGCUUGGGAUGCCGAAAGCGUCAACAAAUCUCCAGCAGAGCUGAUGCGCCUGCUCGUGACAGAAGAGACACUCACCGCGGUAUUCCGCCGUCACGGAGCAGUCAAGGUUUCGAUUAGUCCAUUUUAUCCUCCCUCGGCCCAUUACACGCAAAACACGGUCGAAGUGGUGGACAAGCAUGGUGCCCUGCUACAGUUGCCUUAUGAUUUGACGAUGGGAUCGGCCAGGGCGCUGGCUAAGAGCACAUCUCGUGACACUGUGGUGCAACGAUCCUACUCGUUCGGCAGAGUGUUCCGUGAUCGUCCUAGUGGGGGACAGCCACAGAUGUUUGGCGAGGUACACUUUGAUGUGGUGUCUGAGGAUGCGUCGGACUUGGCGCUCAAGGAGGCCGAGGCUAUAAAGGUACUGGAUGAGAUCAUCGCCGAGUUUCCAACGCUGUCUAGAAGCCAAAUGUGCUUUCACCUCGGCCAUUCCGAUCUCCUCCGAUGCAUAUUCGACUAUUGCGGCGUCGAGAAAGCCAGCCGACGGGCUGUGGCAGAUACUUUGAGCAAACUCAACAUAAGGGGUGUUACGUGGCAGAAGAUCAAAUCGGAGCUGCGCACAACGGCAUCGAUUUCAACGACAACUCUGGAUGAGCUGCAAAAGUUUGACUUUAGAGAAAACCCCGGCAAGGCAGCAAACCAGCUGCGUACUAUUUUUCAAAAGACUGACGUGUCACAGCAAGUUUCGCAGCCCUUGGCUCACCUGAAAGAAGUGUGGGAGUACUGCAAAAAGCUUGGAGUACGGACAAAGAUCUACGUUGCGCCGCUCUGGAGCUGGAACGAGGUCUUUUUCAGCGGCAACAUGAUGUUUGCAUGCCUGUUCGACAAGCGAAGCAGGGAAGUACUUGCUGCCGGUGGACGGUACGAUAGUUUGAUCAAGGAGCACCGGCCACGCAUCUCUGGGAGUCACUUUCAGGAGCGGCACGCGGUGGGGUUUGGCAUGAACUGGGAGCAACUCGCACACGUGUCUGCCAAGAGCAGCAAGAAGCGAGCGGGCGCGGCAGACGAGGAGACAAACUUGUUUGCAACCAAAAGGUGCGACGUGCUCAUCGCCAGUUUUGAUCCCUCAUUGCUACGAACUACUGGUCUCGAGCUUCUCCAGACUUUAUGGGCACACGGAAUCAGUGCGGAGCUGGCGCGUGAUGCACGUUCACCCGAAGAGGUCCUCCAAGCACAGCGCGAGGAUGGUCACAAUUGGGUCGUCAUUGUCAAACAGGACAUGCUCAAGAUCAAGACGCCAGGCAGGAGGGAGGCGCCGGAUGCGGACGUGCUGCCGGGUCAGUUGGUCCAAUGGCUUCGAGCAGAGAUGAGAGAGAGAGAGGGGAGGAUCGUCCAGGCCAGCAGGUUGCGGGCCACGGCUGGUGGGGAUGGUAAUGCUGCUGCCGUGGUUGGAUCCUAUGGCGGAUACAGCUACCACGGUCGUCAUAAUGACUACAUGGCUGGUCCUGGAAUAAUGAGUAGUGGAGGAGGGGUGAUCUCUCCCGGAACCGACUCUCUGACGGUGCAUCCACAUCGCGAGCAGGAAGUGCGGGUGAUUACUGCACGAACGAGGAGCAAGAAGUCGAACCGGCAGGCGCUGGUUGAGCAAGCGCAGGCGGCGGCGGCGCGGGUGGCGUCAACCAUGGUUCGAUUCGCCUCCGAUGCCAACUCGACGGGACCGGUGGUGGCAAUCGAAACGACCGACGCAGUCAUGAGCCUCAUCCAGUCUACGAGGCUGUCUGAUGCGGAGAGUUGGCGGCGUGCGGAACAGGCGGUGGGGAUGGAGGAGAGGCAGUACGUGAGGGAGCUUAGGGGGCUGCUGCAAGACAUGAGAGCCGAUCAAGGCGGUGUAGGUAGGGGUAUUUCAGGGUUGGCGUGGUCGAUGCCGGCGUUUGUGUACAACUUUCGGACGGGCUACUGUAUUUAUUACGACCUUGGGGCGUAGAAUCUGUAGGGGAAAUAGUGGGAGGCGGGCUACUGCAUUCUCCAACAAGUACGAAAUAGGAUUACUUACUUUGAACAAGUCCGUCUCGGGACUUCAGGAUCUGUGUUGCCAAC